CUAAAAGAGAGAAAAUGUAUUUCAAGGCUUUUCUCCUCCUUUUAAUUUCUCUUCUUGCCGCUUUUGUGGUCAACAAUGCUCGAACCAUUUCUAAUAUGGAUGAAGUUGAUGAUGUGUCAGCAACAAUGCCUGGAAAGAAAAAUAAUGUGGGAGAAAAGUCCAAUCAAGUACUCCCUCAAGGUGAGGAAGAAAUGGAUGAUUUAACUGAAGAGUACGAUGAUUCAGAUGAUUCUGAGGAAGAUGAGGACUAUGAUGAUGAAGAGGAUGAUAUGGAUGAGGAUAAUGAUGUGAAUAGUCAUGAUUAUCUUAACUCACGAAUCGAUCAUAUGGAUGACAUUGAUUCGUUUGAAACAUACGAAGAGUUGCCUCAUAUGGAAAAUUAUGGAAAGAUGGCUGAAGAAAAGCAAAUGAUGCCUGUUAUGCACAUGAAUGCUGUUGAAAACGAACACUAUAAACAACUUCCAUCACUCGCCACUCAACCAAUUAAUGAAGCUAAUCCGAUUAUGCCUCCGAUGCCAGUUGUUCAACCAGAAAAAAUGGAACAAGCACCAGAAGCCAUGAAAAAAGAAGCUACACCACAGGCAUCACAACCAUCUUCACCAAAGGCUGCAACACCAAAGGCUAAGACUUCAAAGCCAAAAACAGAAGUAAAAAAACCGUCCGCUAAAAAAGUUCAGGCAUCAAAAGGACCAAAGAAACAGCCAGCUAAGAAGGAUACGAAAAAGCCAAAAGAUGUGAAAAAGCCCAAGGAUCCAAAGGCUAAAACGGCGAAAGCUAAAGUACCAAAGGCAAAGGGUAAAGCUGCUAAGGGUAAAGCUGCAAAACCAGCAAAAGGCAAACCAACAAAGGGUAAACCAGCAAAAGCAACUAAAGCAGGACCAAAGAAACAGCCGGCAAAGAAAGGAGGAAAGAAACCUGCUAAUAAAAAGGCGACGACAAAAGGAGGAAAGAAGCAUUAA